AUGGAGAUUGAAUCGGUGACUUGCGAGUGUUGCGGCUUAACGGAAGACUGUACACAACAUUACAUUAGUAAAGUCAAAGCCAAGUUCGCCGGAAAAUGGCUUUGUGGGCUUUGCUCGGAGGCGGUGAGUGACGAAGUCAGCCGUAGUCGGAAGAAGAAGACCACGGUGGAGGAAGCUCUCAACUCCCACGUGUCCUUUUGUGGUAGCUUUAGUAAAGCCAACCCGGCAGAGCUCGUCGCCGACGGCAUGAGAGAGAUGUUACGGAGGAGGUCCGCCGGUUACUUAUCACCGGCGACGUCCAAGAAGUUUGCAAGAUCUAACACUACGUAA